UUGUGCGUACUUGUACGAAAAGAUGAAUGAUGAAAAAUUAAUAAUACUCGUGUCAAAAUAUGAGUGUUUAUUUGACAUAACCAAGCCAUCAUAUAGCGAUCGGAUAAUGAAAGACAAUGCAUGGGAGGAAAUUAGCAAAUGUCUCGGAAUAAGUGUGACGCAGUGCCAGGAUCGUUGGAAGAAACUGCGAGAUAACUUCAGAAAAGCCUAUUAUAACCGAAAAGGCAAGAGUGGCGAUGGUGCAACUACGUCCAAAUUGAUAAAAUUUGAAAAAGAACUUUCUUUUAUAAUACCAUUUUUUCGCAAUCGAAACCAAAUAUCUAAUGUAACAUUAUCAUCGGAUGAUUCAGAGCCUGGCACACCAAUACCACCACCAUCGACAUCAUCUAAACGUUCUGACCAUUCUGAAGUUGAAUCGCUUGCAAGUACUUCUGGCUCGAAAAAGAGACCACGCUUAAGCAAAGAUGUUGCUACGGUUUUCGAAGAGUAUCUUGAAGAAAAAAGAAAUACUACACCCCGUGACAAGGCAUUACGUAAUUUUUUUUUGUCUAUGUCAGAUACAGUGGAAACAUUCCCAAAAGAAGUCCAAGCACGAAUUAAAAGGCGCGUGUUUAACAUUGUUAAUGAAGCUGAAUUAAGUCUGUAUGAAAAUAGUACAGAUUUGAAUUAUUCUUUGUCUAUAAAUUCACCGCCAUCGACUAAUCAAUCUACUUACCUAGUGUCAAACGAAACCUAUAUUCCUCAAAACUAUCCAGAUCAGACUACUUACGGGUACAAUACCAGCACACAAAAUACAAAAUAAUAAACAAUCAAAAACAAUAAUAAUUAUAAUAAUAAUAAUUAAACACACACAAAUCUGUACUAUUUAAUUACAUUUCAUUAACGUAAAUAAUGCUUAAUAAAUGGAGGGCUGUGAUUUUGUGAUCUAUUUAGAUGUUUGUGUUAUUUAACAUGAUUAGUAUAAGUAAUUUACAUUUCAUUAACGUAAACAAUGCUUAAUAAAUGGAGGGCUGUGAUUUUGUGAUCUAUUUAGAUGUUUGUGUUAUUUAACAUGAUUAGUAUAAGUAAUUUACAUUUCAUUAACGUAAACAAUGCUUAAUAAAUGGAGGGCUGUGAUUUUGUGAUCUAAAUAACAUGAUUAGUAUAAAUAAUUGUUUUUUAUUUACCUUAAAGUUACCG